CACAACCAGCCAAACCUCCCAUCAACGUCGCCUGCAUUUCCUCCCACGAAUAACCUCACAACACCCAUUUCGAGGAUACCACCAAACCAAAACACGCAUCUCGUACUUAGCAACACUCUUCUCUCUCUCCGUCUCAGUCACAAACCGCCAAGAUGUCUCAGUCAAUGCGCAUCGUCCCCGGAAACAACAACCCCCAGACCUUCACCCACACGACGCACACCUCGUCUGCGCCCUCUGCCCCUGGCAUCCACGACACCCUCCGCCACGGUGUCGGCGUCUCUCCCUACGAGGCCAAGUCGUCUGUCCCCGUGUCUGCGCACCCCCUCGAGGCCCGCCUCAAGAACUGGGAGGCUACCCAGGAGUCUCUCCGCAUGGAGACCCUCCGCCGCUCCUUUGGCAUGGCCGAGCCUAUCCGUCGUGGCAUGGAGCUCAAGAUUGUCCGCAACGGCGAGUGGCGACCCAUGGCUCUCGGUGGAGGUCUGCCUAGUGUCCACGAGGAUAUCCUCAAGGGUCGCGACGACAUGAUUACCUGGGAGGAUAUCUAUACUGGUGAUGAGACGAGGGGUGUUGCUGGUUUCCACGACGAGAUGGAGAAGAAGCUCAAGAUUCAGUAAACAUACACCGCAGUUCACCAGCCGAGCAACCAUGUCAUGAUAUUCUACAUCACGGCUCAAUAUGCUUUAUAGAAGACCAAGAUGGUCGACCCUCAAGAGCUAAACAGGCCAGCUCGCCUGAGGUGUGCAGGGAUGAAAUAAUAUGAAUUCAGC